UCUGAAAUCACCAGAUGAUAUUGGAAGCAGGGAAGGCCAUUCAAAAGAUUCAAGUGAAACAGAAUCUGCUUUAAUAGACAAAGCAUGUGAAGUGAACAAAAUAAAUGAUACUGAUGUUCAUAAACUGCAGGAUGUUUCACGAAGUAGUGCUGAGAAGACACACGAUGAAGAAGAAAAGUUUGAAAAUUAUAAUGAGAGGGAAGGUAAUGAAAUUUUGGAUGAUAUAGAAGCUGGAAGGUUUGAUUCUAAUGAAGAAAUUGGUGUCCAUAAGUCCGCAGACACAGAAAGUGUUUCUGCUGCCAGCACAAGAAAAGAACAAGAACAAAGCGGAACGCAGUCCCCAAUUUGUGAAGGCAUGUCUUCCGAGAAUCUUUGUGUCAGUAAUAAUUCAGAAAAGGAUUCUCCUGGUUCUCAGACCAAAUGCUUGGAAGAUAAUUAUGAAGUUAAAAGUUCACCUGUAUGUAAAACUCAAAUGAGGAAAGAGAUGAGAAGCGAUAGCUCCGAACGGGAUUCAGACGCGGAAUCCAGGAAGGCCAUCAUGGAGUCAGCUCAGAAGAGGAUUAUUCAGAACAUAAGUACAUCAGAAUCUGAGUCAAAGAAGUUAGCGAAACCGCUCGCAAAAUCGAGAAGACCAGACGAUUCUUCAGAUUCAGACAGCGCCCCGGAGAACAUGUCUUUCAGCGCUGGACGACAGUUGGUGAUGGAAUCAUUGAAAAAUGCUGCAGAGAGCGUACAGAAGGAACAGCAGAGGAAGAAGGAAAAACGGAAGGAGAGGUUGGAGAAAUUUAAGCAGCAGAAGGAAGAAAAGUUGAUUCGACUUAAAGAGAAGAGAGCAAGUCAAGAAGACGCCUCUUGUAGCAGUUCGGAAGAAUCUGGUUAUGAAGAAGUGGAUGUUCCAUCUGAAUCUGGAAAAAGCAGUAAGAAGCAUGGUGUUAAAUGGGAGAAGGAACAUCCAGAUGACUUACCACAGUCUAAAACGAAAAGGUUUCGCUCGGACGACGAAGCAGAACGAAAGGGAAAAAAGGAGAAGAAAAGGAAACAUGAACAGGAAAAUAAAGAUGUGUCAGACCACUUUCGAAAUCUGAGGAAGCUUCCUGAAGAUGUUUUGGAGAACCUGCCAGACCAAAUUCCCAUUAAACUUAAGAAAAUGGACAAUGAUGUAACAUCUAAAGUAAAGCGGGGACGUGAGAAACACGAUGAACAUGGAGCUGUGAAAAACAAAAGACAUGCUACAGAUUUCAGGAAUCGAGGUGACGUCGACUAUAUCCCACUCGGCACUUGUGGAGCGACGGAGUUUGGUGUGAUGCCGCUCGAUGACUUGACGAGGGCUCCGAAGUCAUUGUCGCAGCGGGCUGCUCAGUUCAAACAGAAUAUGUUGUUUGGUAGCCGCGUAAAAAGAGGACCAGCAAAUAUACAGACCAUCUACCAACAGAAGCUGAAGGCGUCAGGAAAGGGCAGACUUGUCAGAUAGAUGCAAAUCAAAGGCGAGAUGAAGAUGAGGACAUGUAGUCGCUAUUAUUUAACGUUGUUAUGAGGAGGUAUUAGUGUUAAUAAUCAUGACAUUUAUUAGCUGUUCAGAUCAUAUCAAAGAUGAGCGCCCACGAAGAGUCUGCUGAAGGGCUUUUCUCUGCGAUAUGUCUCUGUUCGUCCCUAGGGCUAAUGAAGUGUGAGUUUAUGUAAUUCUGUUAUAUACAUGUAUUUGUAAAAGUGGCAAAGUGCAUCUUCCUUGAUGGUUCCUAGGUUUGUGGUUUUUGUAUAUAUUUCUCAAACUGCGCUUACUUUCUUCAAGUAACAAAUUAUUCUUGUCUCGCAAGGCAGUGUACACGGUGGUGGAGUUGUAGAGGUAUACACUGGCAUGUUCUUCAGGUACGUUUCAGCGUUAAGAAAUUGAACUUCCACCCUUCCAUUUACACAUCUCAGUACAGUGAAACCUUACAUUGAAAUUUUCCUCACGAGAGCAUGUUCAGAAUGUUUCAUGCUUGUCGUACAAGCUCCAGUUUUGUUUAUGCGCUUCCUGUUAUCAGAGUUUAUAUCUGUUCGCCAUUUUCUAUAAUUAAAACCUACGGCCUGAUUAUAUACUGUAUCAGGCAAGAACGGUCUUUUCUGAUGGGGCCGUGGCUGGUGUAAUGGUGACACUUUCGCAGUUGUGAUCCAGGGGUAAUCUAUCCUGACUUGAGGGUUCUCAUGGUUUCAAUCAGUCUCUUGAGAUAGAUACCAUGAUACAGUCUUGAAAUAGGUCAUGAUCACCUUCCAAAUCCCUAGGUAUGCACAAUUCCUGACAUUCAUCUCAUUUCUUUUAUCCUUUCACUAUGUAAAAAUGUACGAUCCCCCCAAAUAAAAUUAUCUUGAAAUUUUCUGAGAUUUCAGAUUCUCAUGAUGACAAGUAUGAAGGAGGCUGUCAUCUGCGUUGUUGCACUGUGUAGUCUGAUAGAUACUGACCAACGUUUUACAGGAGCUGACUUCCUUUUUCCUUCAGCUGCAUACAUCACCAGGUUGUUGAUGAUUUAACACCCUGGUGAUGGGUGGCGUUAAGCUCCUCAAAGCCUCCGGUCAUUAUCUACCAUACUACAUAGUGCAUUAUCCCAGUAGAUAAAAUUUAUUAUGAUGCUUCUAAAAGCCUGCCAUUGGACCGUAUCACAUUCCAUUCCAUACCCUCACAUGCAUCUUGUGUAAGACACAUUUUAAUGUUAUCCUUCCAUUUACAAGUAGGUCUCCAGAAUGUCUUGAAUUUUCACGCGUACUGCAAUACAUGUAUUGUCCGUCUUAGCUUCUUUGGUAUGACCUUCAUAAUAUUUGUUUAAGGGUAUAAAUUGGGAAGCUCCUUAUUAUGGAGUUUUCUCUGUGUCUCCACAUACCUAGAUUUGAAUAAACUAACUCAUAAUAAAGUAAAGUUA